AUGCCCGUGGUGCACCACCAUCUGUACAGUGCGCCCCAGCUCGCGCCCGGCCACCGGUUCCCGAUGCAGGUGUUUGGGCGCAUCUACGAGCGCCUCCUGCGCACCGGAACGAUUCACGAGAGCCAGGUGCACACACCACCAGCGCUGCCAACCGACGAAGAGCUUUCCAUUGUCCACUGCCCGGACUACCUGGCGGCCUUCUCCAGCUGCUCCCUGGAUGCGCAGCUGACACGCAGGAUCGGACUGCGCGAGGCGACCGCCACGCCGCUGCUGGUGGCGCGCACAAAAGCAGAGGUGGCGGGCACGCUGCUGACGGCGCAGCUCGCUCUCAAGCACGGGCUGGCCUGCAACACGGCUGGCGGAACCCACCACGCGUUCAGGGACUUUGGCAGCGGCUAUUGUAUCCUCAAUGACUUGGCGUUCACUGCGCACGAGCUCAUACGGCGGGGCGCGGUGGCGCGCGUCCUAAUUGUUGACCUGGACGUACACCAGGGCGAUGGCACCGCCUCGAUCUGCGCAGGCAAUCCCGCGAUCUUCACGCUGAGCGUCCACUGCGGCAGCAACUUCCCGGCGAGAAAGAUGACGUCAGACUUGGACGUGGCCUUGCCAGACGGCACUGGUGAUGCUGAGUACCUGGCGGCGGUGGGCGAAGUACUGCCGGGUGUCAUCCAGGAUUUCGCGCCAGAUCUGGUGCUGUAUGACGCAGGCGUAGACGUCCACGAGGCGGACGCGCUGGGGCGCCUGUGUGUCACCGACGCCGGCCUGCUGCGGCGAGAGCUGCUGGUGCUGGACACCUGCCUGGGGGCGGGGGUGCCGGUGGCGGGCUAUGUCGGCGGUGGAUACGAUGACGACCUGGAGGUGCUGGCUGCCAGGCACUGCGCGCUGCACAAGGCCGGGCUGCGCAUGUUCAAGGAUUACAGCCUUUGA